GGCAAACCACCCUGUGCCUAUCUCGAACAAGUCCUGACGUGUUGCGGACUCACAUACUCGGCAAUGGUGUCGAGGUAACAGUGAGAGGCGCAGCAUGGCGCCGUCAGCAUCAUCUCUUACCUCGUCUGCCACGACCUCGACCACGAGUGAAACCACGAGUGAAACCACCACGGCAAGCGCGAGCAGUCCCUCUCGAAUCCCAUCUCCCGCCCCAUCUCUCAUCCCCCCUCCGGUUCCCGUCGAGACACAUCCAAAUCGCGGCAAACCCCAGGUUGUCAGAGGCCUCUCUGAUCCGAGUCGACUCGCGCCCGAAGAUGCAUACAAGCCUUUCUCCCCGCCACGGUUACGACCUGUUCAUGAGAUCAGCGGUUCGGCGGCGGCAUCGUUAGCUGCUGCGGCGCUACGACCAGCGGUCGCCUCAUUACGGGCGCCUCCUGCUAUACCACCGGUUGCAGCCAGGCUAGCGGAGGAAAAGAGGAGGGCGGCCAGUCGGCGGAGGAAACAACCUCAUGUGUGGAAGAAGUUACUUUGGAUCAAACAACAUGGUUUCCCGGAUAAUUACACCGACACGGAAACUUUUCUGGACCAUUUGCAGAGGAAUCCAAGGUUGAGGCCAUAUGACUUUUGGCCGCUCGUGGCAGACUCGACGGUCAUUGUCCAACAUGUCGCAUCCGUCGCGAUUUAUAUUUGUGCCUAUGCCGGCAUCUACCAAGAUCGACUUUCUCCGGUCGCCGUGGUGACGUGCGGCUCGAUCGCAACAAUUGUGGGAUGGGUGCUGUGGGACGGUUGGAUGGGACAGGAAGAGCGGGAGGAAUUGGCGCAGAGUUUCAAGGCCAAAAGGCAGUCCCUCGACGUGGAUGACCGAUCAAGCACAAGUUCUGGAGACUUGGCCAAGCCGGUGUUGAACGGCAAUGGCCAUGUCAAUGGAUACGCCAAUGGGCAUGCUAAUGGAUAUUCAGCCGCGUCACUGAAUGGGCGUGGUAGUGGACUGAGAUUGUCGACCAAGAAUCUGGCGGUCAAAAACCAUCAACAUAAAGUCGCCAGCAAGCACACGCAGUCACUUUCCAAAUCAUCUUUUCAGUCCAUCUCUCCAAUUGACGGUCUGAAUGAUAAUGCAAUCGAGGCAUUUCCCAACCUCGCGCCAUCCGUGUCCCUACCGCAACUCCCACAGUCACCCACCAGCACACCAUCGCCGACCAACCUCUCCCCUCGGUCUCAGGCACGUCGGAAAACGUUCAAAUCUGCAUGUCUGAUCUACUUUGCCCUGCUCGGACUGUCGCCAAUCCUAAAAUCCUUGACACAAUCGACGUCUUCAGACUCCAUCUGGGCUCUGGCCACGUGGCUCUUGAUCAUCAACAUUUUCUUGUUCGACUAUGGGAGUCUUUAUGUCCCUGCCAAAGCGCAAGCCGUCCCCGUGUCGCCGGGAGCAUCCAAUGCGCUUUCAUCCAACGCGAGUGGUUCCCUGCACACUUCGACACGGGCUCCUCCAUUUCCAUCGUCACUUUCCACAAACGCGGCUUUGAUGGCCAGUACGGUGUUGGCUUCGCGUCUUGUGACCACCACCGCUGUGUUUAGUCUGUCCUUGUUCUCCAUCCAAGUUUUUGGGCUGUUCCCCGUGUUUCGGCGGCAUCUCAGGCACAAGUCAUUCAACUCACAUUUGUUACUGACGGUCGGCCUGGUCGUCAUGUCGACGUGCGGUUUGGGUCUGAUUCUCUCACAGUCAUAUACUCACACCUACGGAGACUGCGGGUAUUGCCUCGGGUGGAUUUGGCAUGUCAUUUUACGGAGCACGAUAGGUUUAUCUAUAGGUGGGUUCAGUACGGCGUUUGUCAUGGGAGGAUGUUCGUGGUGGUUGAUUGGAUUGCAACGAUACAAAAAUGUGGUCAUUGGGCCCUGGGAUCCGGCCAAGCCAGUGCUCGCGGGGGGAGGGUACGGAAGAAGUCGAACAGGGACCGAUUGAGAUUAGAGGUUUGAGCAGAUGAGCCAGGAUGGAUUCAGAGGUAGAGAUGUAGGAGACAUGGUAUGUGGUCCGAUCGCGGCGGUGACUGUCCAAUUGGAGAUAGAUCUAUAGAUCCGCUCAGUACAAUGGCAUAUGCACAGGACAUGGCUUACAUACCCACAUAUGGAG